UAUAUAUAUAUAUAUAUAUAUAUAUAUCACAGAAAACUCCACAUAUCUGAAACGACUUGCCUGCUUCGUCCGAAAAAAAACAAGCGUGACGCCCGAUAUCCUUGCUUUUCCUCCCCAAGUCGGCGAAAGGGUUAACGGUGGGAAAACAACGCGAGGCCCGGGACCUGCGCGACUCCAUCUUGGCCCUCACACACAAACAGUAAACACAAGAAACCGAGAGACGAGAGCGGCGGGUACUUACCAUAAUAGAAAACAAGGAAGCUGCCAAAAACCAGCCAAACCCGUUUUAACACGACAGGAGGCGAUUAAAACAAACACCGCUGUUAAUAUCUUCGUUAUCCCUAAUUGGAGUCGAGCAGCGAAAGAGACGAAAGGGGUUUUUAAAUACAGUUUGGCCUGAAAGACGACCCAGGCAGACCAGCCUCCCGGAGUUUGUUUGCGUUGUUGAUCAACUAACUACAGACCCAGUCGAAUGACAAGCACACAGACUCUACUGCACAGUGUCUGCAUUCGAGGUCAGUGAAGAUGCUUGGGAUGACGCCCCUGUCGCUGGCUCCCCUUCUCCUCUUGAUGCCCUCUCUGCUGGGACAGCUGCCCUCGGCAGGAGCCUUCAUUUACGCAGUAUCCAAUAUCAACACUACCAUGAUGUUCGAUGACCUGCCUGCGCUUUUUGGUAACCAGCUUCCUAAAGAUGGGUUAAAGGGUUUUCUGGUUGAUGCCCGUCCUGCCAACGCCUGCACCCCUAUCGAGGGUCCCCCUGCCAGCAGCAACGGUAGCAAGUUCAUCGUCCUUAUCCAGAGGUACGACUGCAACUUUGACAUCAAGGUCCUGCACGCCCAGCAGGCUGGGUACAGCGCUGCCAUCGUUCACAACGUCAACUCCAACAGGCUGCUCAACAUGGGCUACAAUGACGAGGAGACUGUGCGUCAGAUCGAGAUCCCCUCCCUCUUCAUAGGAGCCACAGCGUCGGAGUCCCUGCAUGAGUUUUACAUGUACGAUAAGGGCGGUCACCUGCUCCUGCUCCCGGACUUCUCCUUCCCGCUGGGAUUCUACCUCAUCCCCUUCACCGGAGUGGUGGGAAUAGUCGUCAUAGUCAUGUUCACUAUCAUGAUCGUGCGCUGUGUGCAGUACCGGAAAAGAAUCCGGAGAAACAGACUGACCAAGAGCCAGCUGAAGAAGAUCCCUGUCCACAAAUACAAGAAAGGUGACGAGUAUGACGUGUGCGCUAUCUGCCUGGAUGAGUAUGAAGAAGGGGACAAGCUGAGAAUCCUGCCCUGCUCCCAUGCCUAUCACUGUAAGUGCGUGGACCCGUGGCUCACCCAGACCAAGAAGACCUGCCCCGUGUGCAAGCAGCGAGUGAUCCGCGCCGCGGAGGACUCCGAGUCCGAUUCGGGAUCCGAGGGGGGCGAGUCGGAGCGCACCCCACUGCUGGGGCCCCCCUCCCCGGCCAGCACAGCCCGGGCGCAGGGCCAGGACUUCGGGUCGAUGGGCGAGUCGGCGAGCCUGGCACCCCCGGAGGAGAGCUACUACACCUUGGAGAACGAGGCGCGGGAUUCGGAGUCGGAGGGGAGUCUCAGCGAGGCCCCCCUGCUCCCCGAGGAGCAGCCCACCGUGCAGACACACCCUGACUCUGCAGCCACAAGGCUGGUCCACGUCUAGAUCUUGUCUUUCUUUUUAUAAAGAAUCGCUGUCAUCCUGGUUUUGAGCACUACUACUACUACAACUACCACUACUUGCAGGGUCAAUUUCUGCUUUUCAAUUUCCUUUUUUAAAAUCAAUUCCCAUUCCCCUUUGAGUCGAUCCCAAUACGUCGCUGAUCAGCAUGGCAAUGCGCAGUUUUCCGUGAAAAAGUAGCUUCUCGAAACAGUGGGCAACGCAAAAGACUUUUAAACCGAAGUCUUCUGUUUCGUUAGGCAGUGAAACCGUCUUCAAAUGGAAGCAUUUGAACAGCAUUUGGAAGCGUUCUUGCGUCUCUGAAAUUAUCAGUUCCUUCAGCGGAAUUGGGAAUUGACUUUUAAAAAGGAAUUCAAAAACAGGAAUUGACCUCAGAUCAGAUUACUAAUACUAAAACAAAGGCAAGUGUGAGUGGUGGUGGUGGUGUUAUUAUUAGCAUUAUUAUUAUUAUUAUUAUUGGCAUUAUUAUUACUGAGAUUCUGUUUUGUUUUUUGUCUUUUUUCAGUAAGUUUAAAAACCAUCAAACCAAGGAUGGAAAUCAGACUCUCGCUGCACAGCAGUUUGAUCCAUUCCUGAUUUUACUAUGAUUUUUUUAAUAAGACGCACCUGAGCUUGUUGCCUAGACACACUGUGGCUAACCAAGCUGGUAGUAAAACCUGGACCGGGUGAAACUGCUGCGCAACAGGAGUCUUAUUCCCAUCCCUGCACAGAACAACCGCGAGAAAGUCUAUACGUUUUUAUUCUGUGAUCUUUUCUGUAGAGAAUUUUUUUUUUUGUUUAAGGUUGUUUGAAAAUCAAUUAAUUUUCUUCUUAGAUUAAUGGACGGUUGAGAGGCACCUGUUUUUGCCACAGCUUCGUGCGUAGGGAGAAUUUAAGUUAAUAAAUACAAUAAGGUGGGUCUUGGGGCGCACCAUUCUGCGUUUUUAAAGGGUGCUUUUAUCAAACGUAAUGUUUCCUGUGUUUUUUGGGGGGUGCGGAACUGAACAGUAAUCUGUUUUGAGGGACCUUUUUCAUCUCCAUGUCCUAGAAUUGUUUAUUUUCACAAAAUACUGAAAUGAAUCACUUUUUUAGAGAACGUCUUUAUUUUUGACUCAUUGAGACGCCCUGAAGCUUGUUAACUGUGCGAUGGCUUGAAGGCGCUUUGCAGCUUCUCCAUUAAGUGCUGUUGCCUUCUUCCGAAGCUGCUUUGUAAGUUUUUUGAAGCAUUUUGUAACUGGCGUCGUCGACCUGCUGUUUUAAUUCUCUCUUCAACUAUAUCGUUAUGAUAACGUGCGCUAGUUUUACUAACCGCAAAAGCUGCGUCUAAAUACAGCUGUUAUGAAUUCUGCAGACGCAGCCCCUUCAGAUGCUUUUAUGACGCCUCGAUAUCAAUUAAGAAACUGAAGCCUAAAAAUUGUGUUUUCCCCGUCCCCGCAGCGGUGAUAGAGCAGCUCCGUUUUCUGUGCGUUGAGCUUGAAAUUUCACAGCUCUGAUUUACGGGAACACGUCUGACUGGACUGUCCUCAAAACAGGACGCUGGGAAUAUAUGCUGUAAACCUACCUGCCUGUCAUUUUACACUUUUUUCUAAAAGUUUGAAAACUUCUAGAAUGGCCACGUACUGAUUUUAGAUUACUUAAAUUCAGGUCGCGUUGUGAUUUUUACGAAGAAAUUCAAAAGAAACGGGCGUCUAUCAUGCCUGACGCUGUCCGAUUUGGCUUCGGAUAGCUGCCCCCCCCUCUCGAUCACAGCCGGUCAGAAACUGCAAGUGGUGAGUCCUGCUGUAUAAUGAACAGGUUUCGCUGCCUCCCGAUCACCUCCAGUCAAAUCCGUUACUCUAAAAAGCGAUUUGGUUUAACGCAGUGUUUUGUGAACCCCUGAUAGACUCCCAAAAGGAGCUGGGCUCUCUCAAUCCUUCUGAUCCAGGGCUGUCCAGUCAAUCCCGAUCCUGGAGGAUUAUUCCACUCCAGGUUUUAACAGCUACAGUGAGAUCAUGAACUCGGUCUGGGUGGAGGUGUGAUUUGGUUCACGAUUUCGAACAGGGUUGGAACAAAGACCAGGAGAGGAAGGGCCAGCUUUGCCCUGCUCUGCAUAGUCCCCAACUCUCUCUCGUCUUGUACCCCAGUUUUCCCUGGAUCUCAAAAGCCCCUUAACAAUGUAACGCUUUCCUUCAGCUGAAUUGUAUAUAAGAUGUAUUUAGCCUGUGCCAUAAAACAUCUACUACACUAAUGUAUACCGUUUCUAUUGAGCCAUUUAUCACCCUUCUGCGGUGGGGAUUGUGUUGUGAUUUUGUCUUUAGACGCUUGUCCUUUUUUUGUGUUUCUCAAACAAACCACCACGUAUGUUAAACUGUCUCCUGCUAUCGUUUCCUGUGCUUUAGGUUACAGUGAGUGUGACCUACAGCACAGGAACUGAUGCAGUGCCAGGAAUCAACAGCCACUGUGCAAAAUAACAAGAAUUACAAAGUGAUGUAAUCUGGGUCAAUUUUGAAUGUAAAAUAAAGAAUCAACGUUAUCUUUGAA